AUGGUAAUAUUGCCAUUAAUGUCACAAGUAAAAAGGAACCCUCUGACUCUAACUUCUGGUGGAGUAAAUAAACAAUUCACAGUAAAGGCAGUUCUUGGUGAUGAUGGCGGUACUCCGCUAAUACUACACCCAUGCAUUGAUGGACCAGUUAAUGAAAUAGCAGUAUACUAUGAGAAGGAUCGGACAAACCUAAUUUGUGCGAUAUCCAAUGGCUCUCAUUAUUACUACUGGAAGGGAGAUGACAGAUGCCGGUAUAGGUAUCGUUAUCAUGGAUACAAGAACGACUCUGUAGGGUCUAAAAACGCACAUUUAAUGGUAGUAAAAGCUACACCAGAGGUAUAG